AUGGCAACCGCCGACGCCUCCCCCGCCAGCCCAGCAGCAGCAGCAGCGCUCUCUCUCCCGCCCAUCUCGGCGCUCCCGACCCUCCCGACCGCCGCACAGACCGCCGCCCUCGAUCUGCUCUUCGAGCCCUCCCCGGCGCUGCACGCCCUCGCCCUCCCGACCCUGCGCGCCGCCGCCUUCGCGUCCUACCCGGACCUAAUCGCCGCCGCGGGGGACGACGACGGCGACCAGCUUAAGAACAGCGCACAGGCAAAGGCGAAGAAGGCAAAGGCGGAUCUGUACGCCAUCCUGGGCAGCCACCCGCGCCUGGGCGAGCGCAGCCACGGCGGGAAAACCAAAACGGAGGACGCAGCGGCGGGGGCGGGGACCACCAUGAGCGCGCUCAGCCGCGAGGAGCAGCGGCAUCUGCGGGACGGGGCCGACGGGGAGGGCGCCGCGGCGGCGGAACUGGCGAGGCUGAAUGCGGCGUAUGAGGCCCGCUUUCCGGGGCUGCGCUAUGUCGUGUGGGUGAAUGGGCGCGGGAGGGCGGAGGUGGUGGCGGAUAUGCGGAGGAGGAUGGAGAGGGGGGAUGUGAGGGCGGAGGAGAGGGAGAUCAUUCAAGCCAUGUGCGAUAUCGCGGCGGACCGGGCGCGCAAGCUGCUGCAGAAGGAGGAGGCCGCCAAGGGAGGCAGCUGAGGAGGAUGAGCCGGCGUAUGGGAAGAUACGGGCCAAGCAAGACCCGCGAGGUCAGGUCUUUAAGCCGGUCACCCGACAAGGCCUGCGCUGCUGUCACCUGCGACGUUCUCUGCGAUCACCGCCGUCGGUGGAGCUCCACAACCUGCCCUGCCGGGCCCCCUUUCGGCCGCGGUAGGGCUUUCCCCGGCUGACGAAGUGGAGGGCGUGGCCCGCAGCUUCUUACAGCGAUACGUAGCCGUUGACCACGGACAACCCUCGAUCCACAGAGCUGUAUUAUCAUC